AUGCCUUGUGACGUUCUGGCCAAGCGACUGGCUAAUAUCAACCAGAUUUAUACCCAGAGGGCAUAUAUGAGACCAUUGGGUGUUGCCAUUACCCUGAUUUCCGUUGACGACGAAUUGGGGCCCUCUCUUUACAAGUGCGACCCCGCUGGAUACUUUGUUGGUUACAAGGCUACUUCUACGGGACCCAAACAACAAGAAGCGAUGAAUUACCUCGAGAAGAAAUUAAAGAAAAAAGAGCAUGCACCUGGUGACUGGAAGCAGGUUGUUGAGCUAGCCAUUACAACCUUGUCAAAUGUCCUUGCUGUGGAUUUCCGCAAAAAUGAUAUCGAGAUUGGUGUGGUGGGUAUCGAUGGUUCAGACAAGUUUAGAAAACUGACUGUAGACGAGAUCGAUGAGCGUCUUGUUGCAAUUGCUGAGCAAGAUUAG